AUGUCUUCCCAACAGCCAGACCCCGCCCUAGGGCCCCCCUCCGAAAAGGAGAUCGCGAGAGUUUCCACGAGAGAUGAGACAGACCGCCCCGCGGACAAUGGCGAAAAGAACAGUGCCAGGCGGCCGGGCGGUCCGUUUGGCUCCUCCCGGAUGGCUGCAUACAUCAGGCGAUUCGAGCAGCAACUCGUCGAGUACAACCUCGAGGCCCGUGGUAUCGAGCGGGUACCGGAAGACGAACGCAUGUCAAAGUUGACUUGGGCUUCGUACCUGCAGUCCUUUCUGCUUUGGGUCUCGAUCAACUUGGCGGCCAACAACAUCACGCUGGGAAUGCUGGGUCCUGCUUCCUACGGACUGGGCUUCCUCGAUUCGGCCCUAUGCUCGGUAUUCGGAGCCUUCGUUGGGUCCGUAAUCUCCUCUUGGAUGGGCACAUGGGGACCCUUAUCCGGUAUCCGGACUAUGGCGUUUGGACGGUAUUCAAUGGGUUGGUGGCCUAGCAAGCUCAUCGUCAUCUUGAACUUGAUUCAGAUGCUCGGAUACUGCUUGAUUGACUGUGUUGUUGGUGGGCAGAUUCUGUCUGCUGUAUCACCCCAUGGGCACAUGUCGGUUGCAGUGGGCAUUGUCGUUAUCGCCAUCAUCAGCUGGGCCGUAGCCACCUUUGGGAUUGAGAUCUUCCAUACCUACGAACGCUUUGCCUUCCUCCCUCAGCUUAUCGUCUUCUGCAUCUUGUUCGGCAUGUCUGGGACGAAGUUUGACCUACACACGCCUUCUACCGGAGAUGCUCGCACGGUAGCUGGAAACCGCCUAUCCUUCUUCUCCCUCUGCCUCAGUGCUGCCAUCACCUACGCACCCCUUUCAGCAGACUUCUUUGUCUACUACCCCCAAGAGACGUCGCGGACCUCACUCUUCUUCCUCUCAUUGACCGGUCUCAUGACCUCCUUCACCAUGGCCUUCCUCUGCGGCAUUGGCCUCGCGUCCGGCAUCGCCACGCACGCUUCAUAUAGCGAAGCCUACUCCAACGGCGCCGGAGCCCUCAUUGUCGAAGGAUUCAGUCCGCUGAACGGAUUCGGGAAGUUCUGCUCCGUGGUCGUGGCCCUUGGUCUCAUCGCCAACACCGUCGCGCCCUGCUAUUCCUCCGGAGUCGAUUUCCAGAUCCUCGGGCGACACGCCGAGAAAGUGCCCCGCGUGGUCUGGAACACUGUCGGCGUAAUCAUCUUCACGGUGUGCGCGUUGGCUGGACGCAGCGACCUUUCUGAUAUCUUCACCAACUUCCUCGCCCUGAUGGGCUACUGGGUCGUCAUCUGGACUGCCAUCAUCGUCGAGGAGUGCUUCAUCUUCCGCUCCGGCAGCGGAUACAACUGGAACGCCUGGAACGACCCGUCUAAGCUGCCCGUCGGCAUUGCCGCUUUUAUUGCCUUUUUGGUCGGCUGGGCGGGCGCUAUCCUGUGCAUGGCGCAGGUGUGGUACAUUGGGCCUCUUGCGCGGCUGGUGGGUGCGUACGGCGCGGAUAUGGGAAACUACGUCAGCUUUUCCUGGGCUUGUCUGGUCUACCCCCCUCUCCGGUACAUCGAACGCCGUCGCUUUGGGCGGUAA